AUGACCGCAAUGUUCACUCGACAGCAGUUUGACGAAGCAUGCCGGGAGUUCAUUCACACUCAUCAAUCUGUAUCUUCUGCAUAUGGAGCUAGGCUUUCGGGAUGGUGUUGGAAAGAGCAUCAUACAGUGCCAGGCUUCGGCUACAUGCACCGGAUUAUCACUUUGAACUGGCGUCACCCAGCGUCAGCCGAUGCAUUCCUUGAGAUUGAGGACAGUUUGGACGUCGUCGACGAUGGGACAACUGUCUCCCAUGACUGUCCUGAUACGUUGGCUUGUCAUCAGUAUGUGGUGUUAUCGGCAACUUUCCGUGUACCAACAUUUUAUUUCUCCAUCCAUGGUUCGAGCGGUUCUCCACUACAGCUGACUGAUAUCAUGCAAACUUCUCUUCUUCGUGAAGAUGUGUGUGAGGGGACAGUCGCUACGACAUUUGCUGUAUCGCAUCCGGCAAUGAAUUUCCCUCUCCUAUCUCAAGGAGAACACCCAACGCUAGGCACACCCUGUUGGUACUUUCACCCAUGCGAAACUGCCAGUGCAGUCGAGGAAAUCCUCAAGGAGUCAGAGGAAAACAGUAGGAGACCGCUGAGUUGGAUGGAGGCUUGGUUCGCAGUGUUAAGCACAGCCGUAGACAUGUAG